AUGGAGACAAUGGAUGAUCACUCAUUCUUAUUCAAGUUUGUUCCGACAGAGGACAAGUACAUCAGCCUCCUCACCGGAGUCGUGACAUCGGUUGUCAAGGUAUCUUACCCAGCACCACCCUCCAUCGCCUCAGUGAACUACCAGAAAAUUGCCGAGGGAUUCUCACUUGCACUUGUGGAAAUAAGUGAGAACCUGAGAUUGGUGCAGAAGAAAACACAAGUGGCAAACACAAAAGAAAUGCAGAGGCUUGUCGUGGCACUGUAUGUUCAGGUCUUCAUAUUUCUUUGUCACGCCAUGUCUUUUCUCCAUAAACGGCACAAGAGAUUUCUGGCCUCAUUCAACAAAGGAUUUUAUGACAAGACGGUAAAAGCCACGGUUGAUGGUAUCCAAAAGACAAUCGGCGACAUCCGCAACGAGGCGCAACACACCACUGAGCUCCGCAUUGAGCACAUGCAUCAAAAGAUGAACGACCUGGAGCCAAUUUUGGCCAGGCUGCAACAGCUUGGAAUCCAGACUCACGCGGACACACAGCAGCAGGUCAAUGCGAAAGUUGCCGCAGCAGCACAGGGCUUUCAGAGACUGGGUGAGAAUGCUGUGCAUCAGCUCGAAGGUGUCGAUGAUCAGGUCACACACGGUAAGUUGGCCAUUCUCUUUCAUCCUAAACCCACAAAUGGGCCGCAGGGCCUUGAGUGUGCCGCGGGGCCUCGAAUCACUGUUGUCACAAAGAGUGUCGGUCCACUUUUGAGUUACCACCUCCAUUGUGUCCUGAUUUCCACCUGUCUAGGUAAUGCUGCGUGUGGUAUCCCACAACGGCGCCUUUGCUGCUGCAACUAA